AUGAAUUUGUAUUGCGAGAAGCAUGAUCUUGAAGUGAGUGAAGACACAGAAAAGAACUUUGCAGAGCUUUUGUCCGAGGAGCUGAAGCUACGGGAAACUGAAGCUUUGGAAAGUCAGCAGCGUGCCGACAUGGCACUGCUCGAGGCCAAGAAGAUUACAUCCCAAUAUCAAAAGGAGGCAGACAAGUGCAAUUCAGGGAUGGAAACUUGUGAAGAGGCAAGGGAAAAAGCAGAAGCAGUUUUGUUGGCACAAAAGAGACUGACUGCGAUGUGGGAAUCAAGGGCUCGUCGGAGAGGAUGGACGUCAUUAUUUUACUGA